GAAGGUAAUGGCAGGCGGUGUUACAAGACGCCGCCAUCUUAUCAAAGUGUGCCUGUAUCUGCUUCCUAUCGACCGCUAUAUUCCCUGCACCACCCUCAGCGCCUCCCACAGCCACAGCCAAGAUGGACUUCGAGGAGCAGCGACGCCUGUUUGCCAUCACCAUCAACAACACCACACCACAGCAGCAACCACAGCCACAGCAGCCACAGCACCACACACCCAUGGCCCCACAGCACACACCAGACACACACACACACACACACACACACACAAGACUAUUGAUGCCAAACCACAUGGAGGCACCAAUAGCCAUCCACCACAGCCUGCCACAGCACCACAUCCUGGCGGUGGGUGGGGCGAUGGUGGAGGGGGCUGUGGCGCAGGACCCUACCACAUCCAACGCUGCUGUGGUAGAGAAGGCUGUGGUGGUGGAGGGCAGUGAAGCACCUCUGGAUGUUGCAGAGACAGUGGGUCAGGGUGUGUCCUGCCAGCGCUGGUGUCUGGUGUGUGAUCGGGGCCUGCCUGCUGCCGUGGAGGAGAGGAAAGACCCCCCCAUCAGCCUGCACCGCGCCACCAUGACUAUCAGCCAGCGGAAACUGAGCGCCAUGCUGAGUCGCCUUGUGGGUCUGGCAACACAGCGCGCCCACAGUGACGUGCUGUGUGGCCGCUGUUUUGGCCUGGUAGAGAAGGUGGACGGACUGGAAAUCGAACUGGCAGACACGAAAAUGGAAUUGAUGCAGCAUUACGAGAGCACUGUGGCGCACCGACAGCCAUCCACCACCAGGAAGGGCAUAGAGAGGCCCUCACUGGAGGUGGACGUGGACUGGGAGGAAUCAAAUGACUCUGAACCACCAGCAGACGACCUCGACAACGACCCAGACUGCCUUGCUAAUGGAUCAGUUGGGCGGCGGAGGAAGGGCGCAGCUAAGAAGGUCAAGAGAAAAGGAGUGAGGCCAAGGAAGGUCAGACUGAGUGCUAAGGUGAAGCAGAUGGAGGGUGAGAGAGAGGGAGAGGGAGAGGGAGAGAGUGAAGGGCAGCCAAGGAAGAGAGGAAGAGGAAGACCAAGGAAGAAGGAUAAAGAGGAGGAUGAAAUGAUACCACCAGGAGCACCAACCAAAGAAUGCCCCUCUUGUAGAAAGGUGGUGCACGCCAAGAAGUACCUGACCCACUUGUCCACACACCGCCUGUUCCCCUGCCCCUUCUGUGACGCUGUGUUCAAGAGGAAGGACAUCAAGACCCACCUUGCUGAGGCGCACCAGGAGGAGAUCCACUACCCGUGCACGGAGUGUGACGAGGUGUUUGACACGUUCAUGCAGCUGCGCACACACUGCCUGGUGGUGCACAUGGGGGUGGAGCGGGAGGAGUACGCUUGCAAGACCUGCGGGAGGAAGUUCUCCUCGCUGACGGGGCUCAAGGUGCACGUGGAGACCAUCCACGAGAAGAGCCAGGUGCACCUGUGUCCGGAGUGCAAGGAGCCGUUCAACCAGAAGGGCAACAUGCAGAACCACUACCGGCGGGUGCACCAGGGCCAGGAGGCACGUAAGCUGCUGUGUCACAUCUGCACCAAGGGCUUCAUCUGCCCCAGCGACCUGCGCAAGCACAUAGAGCGCGUCCACCUCAAGAUCCGCAAGAACGAGGUGAUGUGCGAGGUGUGCGGCAAGCCCUUCUCUGACUCCCGGGCCAUGCGCAUCCACAUCAACGCGGUGCACACCCGGGAGGUGCAGCACCCCUGCCCGGAGUGCAAGAUGGUGUUCCACUCGCUGACCAACAUGGUGACGCACCGCCGCCGCAUGCACGGGGGGCCGGAGGGGCGGCGCAACGUGUGCGAGGUGUGCGGCAAGGGCUUCUGCUCCCCCAGCGACCUCAAGACGCACGUGCGGGUGGUGCACGACAACGUGAGGAAGUACGUGUGUGACAUCUGCGGCCAGGCCUUCAAGGUGUGCUCACACCUCAAGUACCACCGCAGGAAACACACCGGCGAGGCGCCCUACGAGUGCCCUCACUGCGGCAAGUGUUUCCACGGCCCCAGCCACAUCUCGGACCACGUCAAGAAGGUCCACAAGACUGUCUACAUCGGCACAAACCAGCGACGCAAACUCAACCUGCCGGACAGCGCACCGCCACCACCGCCCGGCAUGUUGCCACCGCGAGACUCAAAGCCAAAGCUCAAGCCAGCCUCCCCACCCCUCCCCACCGCCACCACCAACACCAUGCCCCACACCACCUACUCCCAGCCCAUGCCCUGCUCCCUCCCCACCCCUGGCAUCACCACCUUCACCCCUGCCCACCACACCCCAACAUGCUGGCCCCACCCCACCUCCCCAGCCCAACCCCCCUAUGCUGCACCCCCAGGGCCUCAUGGAACACCACAACGCAUACACCAACUUCCAAUUCCAGGUGCAGGAACAGACCCAGCCCCAGCAGUCCCCAGUCCCCAUGGUGGUCAGGCUCCUCCACGACCUCCAGUACCAGUAGACCCCACUCAGACCCACUUAGUCCCCACUCAGACCCAUCCAGCCCCAUUCAGACCUUACCUAGCCACACCCAACCCCAUUCAGACCUUACCUAGCAGCCCCAUGCAGACCUUACCUAGCCACACCCAGACCCAUUCAGACCUUACCUAGCCACACCCAGCCCCAUUCAGACCUUACCUAGCCACACCCAGCCCCAUUCAGACCCUACCUAGCCCCAUUCAGACCUUACCUAGCCCCACCCAACCCCAUUCAGACCUUACCUAGCCCCACCUAGCCCCAUUCAGAGCCACCCAGUUCCUGCUCAGACCCCAAUAGAAACUCCAUCAAGCCCCCAAUCCAGCCCCACAUAGCCCGCAUUCAGAUAACCACCUAGACCCACCAGCCCACACCCAGAGCCUUAUCCAGUCCCAUUGAGACCGAAAUCAGCCCCAUUUAGCCCCUCCCAGCCACACUCAGACCCAUUCAGACCACUCAGCCCUUCACCCAGCCAUCAUCAGACCAUAUUUAGCCCCACUCAGUCCAUACCACUCCUUAUUCAUUAUGUAGACCUCAAACCAGCCCAGUGAAGGCCCCAGGACAGUCAGUUUAGACCCAAUGCAGUUUCUCCCAGUUUAGACCCCAUAGACAGUUUAAUUUAGCCCCCAGUUACCAGUUUCCUCCAGUUAGACCCCAGCAAGGCCCAAAAAUCAGUAAAAACAGUCACUUUAGUCCCAAAUAACCAGUUUCUUCCCAGUUCAGACCCACAGACAGUAUUUAGCCCCAGUUACCAAUCCAGACCUGCAGAGCGUCUAUUUAGCCUCCCAGUGACCAGUUUCUUUCACAUACAGUCUUUCUAGCCCCCAGUUAACAGUUCAGACCCCGAUAGACAGUUUAAUUUAGCCCCCAGUUACCAGUUUCUUCCAGUUAGACCCCAGCAAGACCCCAGGAAUCAGUAAAAACAGUCAUUUUAGUCCCAAAUAACCAGUUUCUUCCCAGUUCAGACUCAUAGACAGUUCAUUUUACUAGUUCAGACCCACAGACAGUCAAUCCUAGCCCCCCCAGUUGCCAGUUUCCCCAGUUAGACCCAAAUCAGUCCCUUUCGUCACCAGUAAACCCAAUUAAGUUAGUCUGCCAUUCAAAGUUUUCGUUUUCUUUCAUUUAUUUUUUAAGUUUUGAUUUAUUUUGUUUAUUUUGUUCUUUUUUUCGUUUUUUUUUUUUUUUUGUCCUAU